GAUUGACGUCACGGCCUGGGGAUCACGUGACCCGCGUGCGCGUGCCGGCACGCUGAGUGGAAGCCGGGGAAUCCAAGAUGGAGGAGUACGCGCGAGAGCCCUGCCCAUGGAGAAUAGUGGAUGACUGUGGAGGUGCCUUCACAAUGGGAGCUAUUGGUGGUGGCAUCUUUCAAGCCAUUAAAGGAUUCAGAAACGCUCCAGUGGGUGUAAAUUACCGGUUGAGGGGUAGUUUGACAGCCAUUAAAACCAGAGCACCACAGUUGGGAGGUAGCUUUGCUGUCUGGGGUGGUCUCUUCUCUAUGAUUGACUGUAGUAUGGUGAAAGCAAGAGGAAAAGAAGAUCCUUGGAACUCCAUCACCAGUGGAGCCCUCACUGGUGCCAUAUUAGCUGCCAGAAAUGGGCCAGUUGCCAUGUUUGGGUCAGCCGCUAUGGGAGGAAUUCUUUUGGCUUUAAUUGAAGGAGCAGGUAUCCUAUUAACAAGGUUUGCGUCUGCACAGUUUCCAAAUGGACCUCAGUUUUCAGAAGAGCCCUCUCAGUUACAACCCUCUCCGUUUGGAGACUAUAGGCAGUAUCAAUGAUCGUUAGUCAUUUUUCCCCUGUUCUGCAUCAUUGGACAAGCAAGUUGCAGCAUCACUUGAAGACUUUUCUUUGCAUCCAUACACCUUGAUGUCUCUAUAUUUUUCACAAUAUUUAAAUUAUGAAUUGUCGCACUUCGUAAUUGUAAUGUGGAUAUGAGAUGCCUGAAAAACUCCUUAGUUAUGCCUUUUCUUAAGAGGACUGAGUAAUGUGUUAUUAUGGAAAGACCUGAAACUGUGGCCUUUACAGUAUAAUUGCUGUUAUCAAUUUAAGGAACGGAAUAACCAUGCAGCAUCAGAGCUUCCCGCCCCUACAUCAUAUGACCGUGUACCGUUGAAGCCAGCUAUGUUUGUUUUAUAUUACACGAGUGUAGAGGAGACUAGCAAUGAGUUAUGAGACUGAGUUAUUAAAAUAAUUAUAGUGCUCUAAUUAUGUUAUGACUUGAAAGGUGAUUCUAUUGGCAUAAGCUGCUGUGGAAGUCCCAACCAGUUAUGAAGGCAGCUUUCGGUCCCUUUAUUGAAGGAUUUUAGUUGGCUUUAUUCACAGAGUUGCACUUGGAUAGAAUGCUGCUUAGUUUAAUAUGUGACCAUUUUGACUCCUUACAAUUAGAUCUGUUAUGUAAAUUCAGUAAUAAUGAAAGGAAAUGUUGACAAUCUGGUGGCGUAAUUCACUCCUAUAAAAAUCUAUUGCUUAUAAACCUGACACAUAUGCAGAACAAACAAACUUCCCCAUGGUGAUCUUAUGCUAUGAUUUCAGGGCCUCUAUGUCUUUAAUCUUCAUCAGUCUGAAGAAGACUUUUUAUCCCUGAAUAUGAAUUGGUUUGAUAUUUAUACUUGUUCAAAUAGGGGUGGGCAACUAUGGUGAAUCCAGGAGUUGUUUCUUGCCUUGGGGACAGAUUAUGUGAAUUGGGGGCAACAGAGCGGUUUAAUAUUCAAGCUGGUUCUUCAAAAUCAGAAAUUUUAGAUCAGGGACCCUGCAUUGUUUGUGCAGAAAAAGAGAAUCUACAGCAGUUGAGAGUUGCACAAAUGGCUUUGGUUAGGUACCACUUUGCCCAACUCUGAUGUGAAUGAAAAAUAUUACUUUGCAGAUAUUUAGCCCUAUUAUAAUGGAGAAUUGGAAGACCUGGAUACACUAGCUAAUCCACACGUUUGGUUAUACCAUGUUUAAAUUUUUGAUCAUUUUACAUUUGGAUAAAACAUAUAGGUAGUGUUUGUUUACAACCUAUGUGAUUGAAAUUUACUUGCCGGCUGUAGAGGCAUUGGCAGUUUAUUAGUUACCUGAACCAAAAAAGAAUGAUGAUCAUAUUUACACACUUCCUGGUUCAACAUGAAAAUACUUGCAGAUUUUAGUAAAGAUAAAAUUAAAAUCCAGCCCUCUAGUGGCACCUGCUUCUAAUUUUUCUAUAUUUAAGAGCAAGAGAGAAAACAACCAAUUUCACAGGCUCCUGUCUAGUUUCUGUGUGGGAAGAAUACUGUAUUAAGGGAGGGAAAUUGCUGUACUCUGAUGUUGUACAUCUCAGUAAGAGAUCAAGUUUAGUUUUGCACAGAAAAUUUAUAUGUCAACAGCACAAUGGGAUUCAGUUACCUGGGAAAGAUCUGUUUUAGGAUAAACUGUUAGUUAUAUGUAGCUUGCUUUUUAUAAGUACACAGGCUGAUGUUUGGCAUUCUUUCUCAUAAGGAUGCAUGCUCCAUCACUAAAUUACUCAUCAAAUUUUGCCACAACUGUUUCAAUUAGAAUGCAUGGUAAGAAUUCGUGUCCUUGUGGAAGUAUGAUGGUAUAUACAUUGUUUUUGAUAAUAGAAUAAUGGAAAAAGCAGAGUAGCACAUAGAGAAGUGUAUGUGACUUGAGAGGCAAGCUGAUGCAUUAACCUCAGGAAACUUUAGAGGACAACAUUCCCUGCAAAAAGAAUAUAUAUUUCUGCUCCCAAGUGUUCUCUUGGGGACAUUUUUGGGGUUUCCCUUUGCCAGUUUAGGCCCAGGACAAUACUUUAAAAACCAGAAGACCUCGCCUGGGCCAGAUGUAGCUUGUGGGAUCAAAAUAUUGUGAAAUAAAUUCCCCCUGGGGGCCUUUGGGAGCAAAAAAACAUUUUGGAGUUUUUAAUGGGUGGGCACUCUUUGUCCAUUCUCAGUAUAGGGCACUGUAAUUAACACUUCUAAUUUUGAGUGUUUCAUGUUCGCGUUUAAGAAAUAUAUUUAUAGAUCACACCAAUCUGCUUCUUGGCAGGGGUUGGACCGGAUGGGCCACGAGGUCUCUUCCAACUCUGAUUCUACGUGGUGUUCAGACAUUGAAACCAGCCCAGUUUAUUAAAAGGUUAACAUUAUUCACCAAUAGUAAAGGCAUCAUAAGAGAUAAAAAGACAUAUAUGUUUUAAAAUAUUUUCUAAACCAGCCAGAGAUAUUAGAUUAUCUUUAAGAAAAGGCAGUUAUAUUUAUGUUUCAAAAUAUAUUAUUUUAUACUUCUAGGAAAAUUGUCUGAAGUCUUUAUGAAUGUGUAGAUCUAUUUUCAAACUUUCUUUUUUGAUAUGUUUACUGCAUAUCUUAAUCUUCCCUAAUUAAAAACUGGACAAAAGUUAAUUGUUCUUAAUGUCUCCUUUUCAUUUUAAAAAAGAACCAACUAUUGAGCAAUCAGAUGUCAUUUGCUUGAUUUAUCUAAUAGAUGUAUCAUAUUAAUCCAGCUAUAGUGUACUUUGUUGCAUUUGCCAGAUUUCUUUAAAUGAAUUUUCUGUCGAUGCCACCUUAAUACAUAUUUAAUUCUACUAAUGCUUAUCUCUAAUAGUAAUCUAAAACCCUACCUCACCACUUAAUUAAAGUAAUGAAUUUUGCAUCAUCAUGUGUAUAUAUUUACUCCAAAUAACUACUAAGUUCAGUUUCCCUCUUAAAUUGUUUUGAACCAUAAAAAUCCAGUUCCAAACAGGACAGUAACACAGCUGCGUAUCUGAAAACUAAUACAAGAUGCUAUUUAUGAUGGUGUCACUUCACAGUGAAUCAAGGGUCUGAGUUACUCUCUUGGCUACUAAAUUGAAAGUGAGGAGGAGAAGCAAAGGGAAAUUAAGUCCUGAUACCUAAUCACUGUUCAACCAAAUAAGAUCAGAUGCCUUUUCUUCAGACAAAUCCUUGUGUUGGUUCAGACUGCAUGGUAAUAAGGCUUUCCCCUGGGAGCACUGAGGUGUAGAUCAAAUAGCAAUCACAUCACAGCUUCUCUUUAGGCUAUGCACUUUGGAAAGCUAAAGAAGCACCUCAGAAAUAAUUCAUUUCCAAGUCCCCCUUCCGUCCAGGUAUAUGCAGAUCAUUUCCCUUGGUGGCUGCAUCAGUACAGAAGUAUUUAAUUUCCCUUCCCAGUGCUGCUAGUGGUGUGAUCCUAGUUCCCUUCUUCAACUGCCCAACAUAUUUUUCCUUCCUCGAAGGGGGCUCAUAUUCCUUAUGAAUUAUUAGCCUCUGCUGCCAUGGGAGGGUCUGAUGGUGCACUGCAUCACAGGGGUUUAUUUGGUCCUGUGGAGAAGCACUGAAACCUGGAGAGCUGGAUGACAAGCUCAAACCUGUUUUGAUAAUUUUGGUAAGUAAGAAUAAGUAUCUGCUAGGAGUGGGUUAUGUGAAGCCUCCGUAUAGUUUAGAUUUUUUUUUUCAUUUCAUAUAUCACACUUUGUAGCUUGCUUUAGAGUGCAUUCCUAUACGUAUUAAAGCCCUAUUACUUUUUAGUAGGCAUUUGAAACCAUUGUGCCUUGUCACAAGAUCUCUGGAAAGCUAAAAAAAACAAGACUAAGAAAUCUAAGAUAAAUUCAGAAUGGAUGUUGUUGGCACCAUUAAUUUAAUAAGAAAAGGGAUACAGUAAAUACUUCCCAAAAGUGAAGAAAAGAAGACAGUGCUAAUUCUUUAAUCUAAUGUAUGUUCUUUGCAGGUUAAAAGAAUAUUGUUGACUAUUUUUGUUUAUGGGUAAUGUUUGAUUACUUUGGUCUGCGUGGUUACUUAUGUUGACAGCAACUUUGAGGACAUGUUUACAAGAGUAAUGUAUGUUUGGCUCAGCUCCAUUCUAUUAUUUGGAAGCUGAUUCUGAAUAUAUUUGUGCAGCAAAACUGUAAUCCAUAGAUACAUGUAUCGGUAUGUGAAUGCUACUAAACAUAUCAGGACUUCCUUCAGAUAAAUGACUUGUGACUGUAUUUUACAAUAAAUACGAUUUCCUCA